UGCACGCAACGGAGCGCCGCCCCUACAUUCCACGCGCACCGCAUGUUCACAGCGAUUAUUGUUAAUAUAAACCGUCCGAUUAAGACAGAAGUUACUCCUCCGUCAGGCGUGUAGAGAACGCCAGGUCCGACGCUGUAUGUGCAGAGCAAUCAAAGGGACUGACUGACGUCUUAAGUGCCGAAGCCGUUUGUUAAGAGAGGAAACGUAUUUUGCAGGUAUCGUUAAUGUGCGUAUGUACAGUACACUGGCAUAAGGACGCGUUUAUGCAAGGUUGCUUCAGACUCUUCAUAAUGUACAGGAUCUGUAUGUGUUUAUAUGUCGCCAUCAAUUGCAUUGCUUCUCAAGAGGUAGAAGAACCCAUCUCCUACACGUGCACAGAUGGCUACACAUUUGAUCCUGUCUUACAAAUAUGCAAAGAUGUUAACGAGUGUGCCCUCAUGCCAGAUGCCUGCAAAGGGGGCAUGAAGUGCAUAAACCAUUUUGGCGGGUAUCUGUGCCUCCCCCAAAAUGCCAAGAUAUACGUCAGCAACGGGGAUGAGGACAGCCCUUCCCCAACGCCCGUGCCUGCCCCGCGCCCCCCGCAGAACCGACGAGUGAUACUCAACCAGGGCCGCACCAUCCAGUGCGCCAUGGGGUUCACGCUGGACGAGCAGAACUACUGCAGAGAUAUAGACGAGUGCGCUACAGAGAUGCACACCUGCAGCUCUGAUCAGGUUUGCCACAACACCAGAGGCUCCUACACUUGCCAGUGCCCGCCUGGCUACCAGAAACACGGAGAUCAGUGUGUGGAUAGAGAUGAGUGCCUCCAGGCCCAUUACUGUAUGCACCGAUGCAUCAACACUGAGGGCUCCUACCACUGUGAGUGCAACACAGGCCACAAGCUCGCCAGCAACAACCACUCCUGCAUAGACGUGAACGAGUGUGAGGGCGGCAACCCCUGCCAGCACCAGUGCUUUAAUGUCAUCGGUUCCUUCAUCUGCCAGUGUGACCAGGGCUACGAGCUAGCGUCGGACUCCAGAUCCUGCCAGGAUAUCGAUGAGUGCAGCUUCUCUAACUACAUGUGCCAGUAUCAGUGUGUGAACAAUCCUGGCGGAUACUCCUGUUCCUGCCCAGAGGGGUACCAGCUCCAGGGAUCAAGGCUAUGUCAAGACAUAAACGAGUGCGACAGGGGCCACACCUGUAGGGAUGACGAAAGGUGCCAGAACUACCACGGCGGGUUCCGCUGCUAUCCCAGAAACUCCUGCCAGGAGCCCUAUGUGAGGACUGCUGAAAACCGCUGCGUCUGUCCCUCAGUGACGAGCGCCUGUCAAGGUCUGCCCACGACAAUCGUGUACAAGUACAUGAGCAUCCUGUCGGAACACACGGUCCCGGCGGACAUCUUUCAGAUCCAGGCCACCAACAUCUACCACAACACACACAACUCCUUCCAGAUAAAGGUCGGGAACGAGGAUGGGGAGUUCUUCCUGAGGCGUUCCAGUAACCUGAGCGCGAUGCUGGUGGUGACCAAGCCGCUGUCGGGUCCACGGGAGCAGGUUGUGGAUUUGGAGAUGAUCACGCACAACAGCGUCAUCAACUACCGCUCCAGCUCCUUGCUACGGCUCACCAUCAUCGUGGGACCGUACACUUUUUAACUGCCCCUGCCGUCGGGAUGCGUACCACUGCUUCUUACCUACAGUACAGCCCAAACGCUACAGCAUAGCCACUUAAUGCAAUAAUGCACACUAUUGAACAGCUAGCUUCAGCUCCAGUGAAAGGUGUUGUACUAUAAGGAAAAACACAACAUGGCGGUAGUUGGGACAGCAGUGUAGUAUAAUAGGUGGCAGACCUGGGUCAAAUGUGUCAUUGUUUUGGAUUGAAAUAUUUUUUAAAUCUUUUCUGUGCUCGAUUGAUCUUGCCUGGUGCAAUUGAGCCAACAAAAGGACCAGAAGGCAGGGUUUGCGCUUUCUGAUAGUAUUUUGUAGGUUCUAUUACACCAGACAAGCUCAGUAAAGCAUAGAAAUGUUUUUCAAUCAAAACAAUUACGUAUUUGACUCUGAUGGUCUGAUGGGUAGGGAAUUGGGCUUGUAAUCGAAAGGUUUCAGGUUCGAUUCCCAACUAGGACACUGCUGUUGUACACUUGAGCAAGGUACCUUACAUGAAUUGCUUCAGUAUGUAUCCAGCUGUAUAAAUGGAUACUGUGUAAUAAAAUGCUAAAGUUGUGUACAUUGCUCUAGAUAAGAGCUAGCAAUGCUAGCAAUGUAAGGACACUUCUCAUGCUGUAAACUUCUUACACGUGCCUUUUGUAGAGCUAGUAACCUUUACGAAGUGAACUGAGCACAGCUCCCUAUAUCAGUUUACCCAAAACCCCCCCUAGGGCAAGGCCAAUGUUCCAGCUGAAUUGAAUUGAACCUGCAACAAAAAAACAUUCAAUUCAUUGUCUGUGGUUUUUUAGAGUAAUAAAGGGGUUUUGCUCCUCAGGUCAAAUAAAAACCUGCCUGAAAAAAUCCAGAGUGUAAAUAUAGGCGUUUGCCCCUCCACCUCUAUCCCCUUAAGUGUUUGCGGUCAAGGUGUCUGGCUCUCUCUGUCAUAAUUGUGUCUGGCUCUCUCUAUCAUAAUUGGACCCUCGAUGUUUCCAUACCAACACUUACAUACCUUCCCAGGUGGCAUACUGAGACACUGCACCACAUUUAACAACAGAUACCACCAAAUCAUAAUAAUAACACGCGCCUCAUGUUUGGAGAGAAAUAUAAUUGAUCCGUCUAGAGACUACUGUUUUCAUUUGGCUGCAGUCUUAUAUAGGGAUUGUGGUAUUAGGGUCAAAAGCACCCACUUAUCGAAGAGAUGGCAACGAUUGUAGCCAGUCGAUGUGUGAGGAAGUGGCAGUUGGGCAGUGGCUUCAAACAAUAAUCUGCAGUUUAUUGUGUUGUGUACAUGGAGACAUACAGAAGCAGUUCCCUAUUUUGGACCUUUAUACUGUACUGUCGAGGAAGGCCAGGUGAUAACUAGCUGUACUGUAUGGUACAUAUUUAGGGAUAUGGGAUUGAUGAUAUUCAGGUUUCAUAUAUCAAGGACCUCCAGAGAAUGUUCUGGUUUUGAAUGGUCACCUCCAAAAGGAAUCCCACCUACACAAUAUCAUGAUUCGUCAGCAAGAGUAAUUAUCCUACGGUUUAUUACUGAAGCGCAUUUUCAAAGUUUGACAGUUAUACCUCAUACCCUGAGUUAUAGGGAGGCUAGUAUACCCCAUAUCAAGAGAGCAGACUUUACCCUGGAUUCCAUGAAGGCAAGUAUUCCCUGUACCCUGGGUUUCACGAGGUUUGUAUACCCCAUAUUCAGAGAGCAGAUUUUACCAUGAAUAAAAAUUGGGCAGGAUGGAGCUGCCCGUGUUGAAGUUUGAUGCAAUCUUCAUUUCAUUUGUAUGAGGCCUGCUUUGCUUUUUAAAACAAACUUCAGUAAUGAACCCCCAGUGUGCUAUUACUUUGUCAAAGCAACCUUCAGGGAAACAUACAAGUCAUGUGUUUCCACAUCUUUCGACCACAGGCAUGUUACUUUUGCCUGCUGGCUCUGGCAGUUUUCCCCUCUGUCUCAUUUAAAUUAAUUAUAAAUGAUAAUAUUUGCCCACAAUGGGUUGGGCAUGAUGAGCGGACCAAUUCCAGACCCUUUGACAAGUGCUAGCUUGCUGCAGGAUUAUACACCUUAGGGAGUACCACAGAGGCUAGGAUGCCCUUACCCCAAGUUUCAGGGAGGCUAGUAUACUCUUUACCCUGCAUUCCAAUGAGGCAAGUAUACACAUUAUCCUGCUUUAAGGGAGGAUAACACCCCAAACCCUGAGUCCCAGUGAAGUGGAUACAAUAUAUUUCCUACCCUGGGUUACAGUGAGGUCAGUAUACCCCAUACCCUGUGUUUCAGGGAGGCUAGUAUACCCCUAACCUGCAUUCCAAUGAGGCAAGUAUACCCUCUACCCCGGGUUACUGUGAGGGCAGUAUGUCCUUGCCCUGAAUUUUGGUCUAACACUGAAAUUCAUAUUUUUUUCUCCUUGAAAUCCUCCUUUUAUUUUAUGCCGAUCCUGAUAACGGCUGUGUUUAUUGUUGGAAUCAUACAGCUUUGCAGGUUGUAGAAUGCUACAGUUUUGACAUGGAAGAAACUCCUUUGUAAGUGCCUUAAAAUCAUCAACAGUUUACACUCUAUUAGCUAUAAACCUUUGUACUUGUGUUCUAUUUAAGUCUGUAUUUUUCCCGUCUGAAUGCCUUUUACUCUGAUGUGCAUAGAAAUUUUGUAAUGAAAUAAAAUUAAAUUGUAGUUUU